UCAAAAUUGAAUCAACAAAACACUAAAACUAAUAUCCACAUAAAAUAUCUAGACAAGGGUACAAAAUUUGAAAUAGGUGAAAAAUUAUAAAUGAAAAUUAAGUGAAUUUUCAAAAAUAGAAAAAUAAAGAAAAAUAUUUACAUAAAUUAUAAAAUUUACUAUAGUUGUGAUAGAUAUUGUUAUCAAUAUUUAUCAUAGAUAGAUGCUGAUAGAAGUCCAUCGGCAUGUAUCGGUGAUAGAAGCUGACGCAAGUCUAUUACUAAUAAAUGCUGAUAGAAGUCUAUCAAUAAUAGAAACUGAUAGAAGUCUAUCAUUGAUAGAUGCUGAUAGAAGUCCAUAAUUGUUUAUCAAUAAUAGAAACUGAUAAAAGUGUAUUAUUGAUACUAUUAAUGAUAGAAAUUGAUACAAGUCUAUCAUCCAUAGAGGUUAAUAGAAAUCUAUUCGUGUCUCAGUAUAUUUUUUUUUGUUAUUUAUAUAAAUAGUUUGUCAUUUUUCCUAUCUCGAAAAUUUCUCAAUCAUUUAUUAUAUCUGAAAGAGUAUCCAAACACAUUGGUUAACUUAAAAGAACAACUCAACCAAAAUAGAAAUGCAGUUGGUAUUGUGGAAAGGUAGAUAAAAAGGGGAACCAUUGACAUUUAGAUCAACCAGAAAAGAAAAAAAAACAAAAACAUUUUUGUUUCCAAGUGGGAGCCACCACUUAGCAGCACUCCCUCCCAUUUUUGCCUUUGAAAAACUUGAAAAAGUAAAGAAAAAAAUAAAAUAAAAUAAAAAGGCUAAGUAUACUUCCUAUAUAAACUUGAGUUCUUGAUGAAAUUGGGAAGAAGAAAAAACAAAACAAAACCAUAUAGAAAAAGAAAGUAGAAUAUGGGAAGAUCUCCUUCUUCUUGUGAUGAAAUUGCCCUCAAAAGAGGUCCUUGGACUCUUGAAGAAGAUGAGAAACUUGUUUCUUUUAUUACAAAAUAUGGCUAUGGCAGAUGGCGUGCCCUCCCUCAACUCGCCGGACUUAAUAGAUGUGGGAAAAGUUGUAGAUUAAGAUGGACAAACUACCUUAGACCAGAUAUUAAGAGAGGAAAAUUUUCUCAAGAGGAACAACAAACCAUUCUCAAUCUCCAUUCAAUCCAUGGAAACAAAUGGUCUGUCAUUGCAAGUCACCUACCAGGACGGACAGAUAAUGAGAUAAAAAAUUUGUGGAAUACUCAUCUAAGAAAAAAGCCCAUUCAAAUGGGUUUUGAUCCCAUGACUCCCAUGCCCACAAUUUACAAGAAUACCCUCUACUCUCAUCUUCAUCCUCUCUUAAAUCUCCAAAACCUUCUUCAUUUUGACCUUCCUCUAUUGGAACACCAACUAGAAGCUCUUCAAAUGGCCACUUUACAAGAAUAUUUACACCAUGUUCUCCAACUUCCAAUUUCUCCGUUCACACCCACUUUCCGACCGCUUCAACAUAAUCGGAAUAUGUCCUUUCCUUUUGCCCAUCUGCCGGACUUGGAGGUCUACGGAGUCUCUGAUGAUCCAACGUCGACGGUAGUUCACCGGCGACCAGAUAUGGCGGCGGUUUCAGGCGGCCAAAGCGGAGCUUCCAUGUGGGCUUCUUCUUCAUCUUCAAAUGCUCUGCCGCCGCUUCCGCCAGUGGAAGCUCCGUCCGCCGACGUCCUGAUCUUCGACGAUUAUUCUUUCUUUAGUGAGAUGGAUCCCUAGAUCUCUGUCUUUUUUAAGUCAAAAUUUUAAUUUUAAUUUUCCUUUUAAAUUUAUGAGAAGAAACAGAUCGCUGUACAUAGAUUAAAUAUGUGAUCAACUAAUUACUAAUAUAUGUAAAUUG